UUACCUUGUCCAGAGUGUGGUGAAGAUCUGAAACCUAGAUGCUGGAAAGAUGGAAAGGAUUGGAAACACAACAGUCCUAGGCAGCUUGCAGAUAUAGAAUGCCCUGUUCUGCUGGUAAGUAGGGUAUAUGCAUGCAAAAAUGAUCAUCGGACAAUCGGUCAUGACCCUAAAAUUCUGAAAAAGUUUGGACAGGUAGAACUGAUCCCUUUCCUUCUUUUGCACAAAAAUGGGAUUACUCGACGUUUAUACAGAUUAAUAAUCGUUCAUGCUGCGUCAGGAAUGAGGUACAUGGACGUGGAAGCACUUUUAGCACAGAUGUGGCAUAGUUAUCACGCCGAGGCAAGCAUUAGGACCUUAACACUGUUACGUAUGAGAAUUUCAGAGGAUAGACCAUCAAUCAACGUGAGUCACACGACAAUGCCGCAGAUUUCACAGUUAAACCCUAACAGAAAACUGAUUCGCCAAUGCUUUGUUCAUGACUAUUGCACGAAAGAAAAACUUUACAAUGCACGCAUGUCAUCGUUCACAGGUGGUUGGCUCUCUUCUGACCACACAUUCAAGGUCGCUGGGAAUGUCGGAUUAUGGCAAAAUGGCCAUUGGAUUCGCCAGUUCGACUCUUUGUUUUCUGUCAUGAAUGAGGAUGGAAUUGUCAUCGCGUGGCAAUUAACGAGAGGCACUGGUUUUGCCAGGGUGAAGACCCUACUCAUGGGAAUUCGGAACAGGCUACAAAAUAGCGGAGUUACCUUGCAGGGAUUUUCCAUUGACAACUGCUGCGCCUGGAGAUUACUCCUUCAAGCAGUAUUUGGAGUUAUUCCAAUUAAACUUGAUCUCUUUCAUGCAGUGCAACGCAUCGCUAGUAAAAUUAAAAAAAAACACCCAUUAAGAAGACAAUGCCUUGAUGCAUUUCGUUUAGUCUUUCGGAAGUCGGGCGAUAUCGAAAAAGAACGUAAGAAGCCAACGCCUUCUCGCGAAGUGAUGUUGACAAAUUUAAAUAGGUUUCUGGAAAAUUGGGAAAAUGUUGAACUUGCAGGGGAAAAGGUACUUUCACAGCAUGUCCACAACCAAUUGGACAAGUUAAGAAAACAUAUUAAGAAAGGUUGCUUGGAAGAUAUUCCUCCUAAAGCAGGAACAAGCAGACAGGAAGCAAUGCACAAAAGCCUCCGAAAAAGCGUAGAAAAAAGGAGAGUUGGCGUUAAAGUAGCUGUGGCAAGCAUAGGAACGUGCCUAUACAGAUGGAACGAAAGACGGUUGUCGGACAAGGUUGGAUCGUGCCAUUCACAAGUUCCGGUCCCAGUCACCCACUACCAGGACUUGUCAGUCAGUCAGUCAGGAAGAAGUAUUUGGUACUGGAAUGAUUCAAAAUGGAAGCGGUUUUAGCGAUGAUGACUCGGAAGAUGGCACUGACGUCGAUGCCUGUGAAAAUGAGUCAACGGGUAGCAGUAGUGAGGACGGGGACUAUGGGAUUGAUGACAACGAUAAUGUGAGGAUCAGCGAGGAAGACGCGUAUCAUCGAGUUUUAGAGUAUGCCCUGUACAUGAAGAGCCUGGCUCACGAUUUGCAAGCGAAAUGCGAUGCACCCACGAUGAAAGUUAAUCUGACACAGUUCGUAGGACGCAGCCUUCUAUUAUUCUCAUCGCAUGCAAGUUCCUCCAGACCAGACGCAGGAAAAUGCAGGGAGAGGUUAACCAGCAUUUUAAAUGCAUUUGGCUUUGAACAGUUGUCGAUGCCAGGGGAUGGAGACUGUUUUCUACAUUGCAUCUCUUUCAGUUUGAGCUCUCUUCUUACUAGAGAUAACUCCAACUUAGCCACUUACUUGAAAUCAAUCGGUAUCAGCAUAGAGAUACCUGACAAGGACAAAAUCAACGUUCUUAGGCGGUUGAUUGUGCAAGAAUUUAUGGGGCCUAAUCGGCAUGUUUACGAGCCAUUUCUGAUAACAAGCACCACUGAUUCAUAUGACGCAGAAGCUCAAAAGUUCCUUGAGUCGGGCCAUUAUGAUUCUGAAUUAGGAAACUGUGUUCCACUGGCGAUGAGCAAUAUCCUUCAAGUACCCCUGGUUAUUUUUACCUCCAUGGAAAAUUAUCCCAUCACUCACGUAAUUCCCAGAACACGAGUGCUAUCUGAAGUUCCGAUAUACCUUGCUUUUAGUCAUAGUGAUAGCGGCCACUACGACUUGGCAGUUGAAGGCAAUCGCACAGAGUCGAAUUCAACUGUAACUGAAACAACCGGCAAGGAGCCAGACACACAAAUGCCAGUUGAGGUAGAUCUCCCCACUCAAAAUCAAACGGGAUGUUCGUGUGGUCGCGGAGCCGCCAGGAAGACAGCGAAAAGUGAAUUCUGCAAACACUAUAAAUCACGCUGUCCGUGUUUUCGUGCCUUGCGAAGCUGCAAUGUUAACUGUUCCUGUCGUUCGUGCGUGAAUCCGUUUGGUCGCAAAGCUAAUGAAAAAGGCAUCUUUGAUCCGCCACCACGAAAGCGACAAAAACAAGACCUUCAACAAGACGUCAAGCAAACAGACAAAGGCUAUAUGGAAACGAAAGCGGAAGAGCCCAUUGCUACAACUUGGUUGGAAGACGAACUGUACGUCAUUGAAGCACUGAUCUUGUACUUGUUAGUUACAAGCCAAGAUAUCACUCCGAACAGAAUCUUUGCAGACUAUCACAAGAUAGUAGAAUUCUUCUCUGCCGAAGAUAUAAGUUUUCAACGUGUAUUUUCUCUACGUCGUAAAUCCGCGUCAGUAAUAACCAAGAAACUACAAGACAUAAAGAACAAAUUAAAAGUUGACGAGGAAUUCUUCAAAAAGCAAAUCCAGUACAACUGGUUUUUUGACUAA